AUGAGUGGUUACGAGUGUAAAGUUGGAGAUGAUGUUAUGAGUGGUUGUGAGUGUAGAGUUGGAGAUGAUGUUAUGAGUUGUUGGGAGUGUAGAGUUGGAGAUGAUGUUAUGGGUGGUUGUGAGUGUAGAGUUGGAGAUGAUGUUAUGAGUGGUUGGGAGUGUAGAGUUGGAGAUGAUGUUAUGAGUGGUUGGGAGUGUAGAGUUGGAGAUGAUGUUAUGAGUGGUUACGAGUGUAGAGUUGGAGAUGAUGUUAUGAGUGGUUACGAGUGUAGAGUUGGAGAUGAUGUUAUGAGUGGUUGGGAGUGUAGAGUUGGAGAUGAUGUUAUGAGUGGUUGUGAGUGUAGAGUUGGAGAUGAUGUUAUGAGUGGUUGGGAGUGUAGAGUUGGAGAUGAUGUUAUGAGUGGUUGGGAGUGUAGAGUUGGAGAUGAUGUUAUGAGUGGUUGUGAGUGUAGAGUUGGAGAUGAUGUUAUGAGUGGUUGGGAGUGUAGAGUUGGAGAUGAUGUUAUGAGUUGUUGGGAGUGUAGAGUUGGAGAUGAUGUUAUGAGUGGUUGUGAGUGUAGAGUUGGAGAUGAUGUUAUGAGUGGUUGUGAGUGUAGAGUUGGAGAUGAUGUUAUGAGUGGUUGUGAGUGUAGAGUUGGAGAUGAUGUUAUGAGUGGUUGUGAGUAUAGAGUUGGAGAUGAUGUUAUGAGUGGUUGGGAGUGUAGAGUUGGAGAUGAUGUUAUGAGUGGUUGGAGUGUAGAGUUGGAGAUGAUGUUAUGA